GUUGCUUAUAUGUAGAAAGCGAUGAUGCUAACAUCUUCAACGGAGGAUUCGCCGUGGCGUACUCUGUACCUUGUCUGACAGCAUCCGAACUCUCUUUCCUUGACUCAUAUUAUUGUUUCUUAAAUUAUAAUACAAACCUACUUAUUCAUGUAAACAGGCGCAUCAUCCAAACCCGAAUCAAUUGAAUGCAUAAAACUUCUGUAUAGAGCUUCCACAAUGUUGACUACUGAAGAACAGCCAAUUACAUUGCAGCGCAUCCUCCACCCAACUUCAUGACCGCAACAGCUUCCUCGCCACUACACCACCCCAACCUAGUGAAAUGCCCCCGAAGAAGCGCGGAGGUCCUUCCUCCACCCCAACUCCCAAGAAGCCUCGAACACGCCAAUCCAAACUCGCCAAAGAGAACGACAUCAGCGCCGAACAAGAAACUGAAAUUAAAGAAGCCUUCCACCUCUUCUCCUCUGCAAAUGAAACAUUCCCCGCUGAAAAAGAGGGUGUUAUUUCCCGAAGUGAUGUCCGGAAAGCUCUGGUGGCGCUGAACCUUCCUCCUUCCGAUUCAUCCGAGCUUCAGACUAUCUUGUCAGCGACUGACCCCACAAACACCGGUUACGUACCCUACGGUCCGUUCGUUGCUGUUGCAGCUGCGAAACUCCACGCCCGGGAUGAGAUCGAUGAGGAUGCUAUAGCCGCGGAAGUUGAUGCCGCGUAUCGAUUGUUUACGCGGGGAUCAGAUGGACCAAUUACAAUGAACCAUCUGAAGAGAAUUGCGCGGGAGGUGAAGGAGGAUUCGGUGGGGGAGGAGUUGUUGAGGGAUAUGAUACUGGAAGCAAAUGGGGGAGGAGUUGGGGAAGGGGUGACGAGGGAGCAGUUUCGGGAUGUUAUGACUAGGGCGGGUGUUUUUUGAUGUUUUCUGCAUAGGUCCGGUUGGGUUGUAUAGGAAGUAUUAUGGCGUUUGGUUAGCAUGUCUAUAGCAUUUGGAUACUAUGAGUACAGAGCAAUGAAGCAACGCAU